AUGACAACUAUUCUUCCAUUAGGUAAUAUAAUAAUUAAAGUUGAGGAUUAUUGGAUAAGGCAAUUUCAUCAAGAGUUUGGAUUCUAAUGAAAGAUGAUAGAGAAUUUGAAGGCACUCUACGUGGUUUUGAUGAUUUUUUUAGUAUAUAUAUUAAAUGAUAGAUUAGAUAUGGUUUUAGAGAAUGUGAUAGAAUUAGAUAAUGGUAAGAAGAGUAAAUUGGAAUCAAUUUUAUUAAAUGGAACAUAAAUAUGUUUGAUAGUACCUGGAGGGGAAAUAAGAUGA